AUGAGGUGGGAGGCCCUGGUGCACGUCCAUGCGGUAGAGGCGUAUGACGAGGAUGUAGAGCGUGGCGGUGAGCCAGAGCGUGACGGUGGUGUAGAGGAAGGGGGCACGGAUGCGAUAGAGGAACUCGGGGAUGGUGUCGUGCGCCAGCUUGUGGAGAGGGUUCAUCUGCUUGACGACGACUUGCAGUGCUGUGCAGAGAUCCUGGCAUGUCCGCUUGCCUUGGUGGCCGCUGGUGGAGCCGGCGAGGCUGUGGGCGUCCCUGAGCGCGAAGCCGUACCGGAAGAGCGUGGGCGUGGUGGAGUCGCAGUCCACGAUGGAGGGGCAUGA